UCUCAAUUACACGUCGAUCUUUUGAUGUCGCCAAACCCUUCACUACCUAAUACAGACAUUGAGUUUCUUAUUAUUGCAGCGAUAUCAAUUUGCUUCUUUUACUUCUCACAACCGUCAUGAACCAUGUUUUUCUCAUCCCCGUUUUGUCAAUUCGCCCUAUUCUAUUUGGUGUAUUAUACGCCAGUUCAAGCCUUCACCGUCUUCAGUCCAGAAUGCUCACAACCCACAACCACAUACAAUUUCGUGUCAGGCCCCGACACUCGUGGCACUCUGGAAAUUCUAUGGAGUUCCCUGUUCACCAUCUUCGCAUGCACAUGGGCCAUUCAGCAUCCCAACAUACCAGAGCAACGCGACGGUCGCUAUCCUGGAUGGACAGAUGAUAUCCGGUGGGGGCUCAAAGGGCUCUGGGAAAACAUCAAGCUUGCCUUUUACACCGUUGUAGCCCCCGAAGUCAUCAUCACCGUCGCCACGAACGAUCUCCUCAUGGCCCGGGAGGACUGCCACGUGAUCAACGCCGAUUUCGAGCAUGACAACGUCCCUUGGGGUCUCUCCCACAGCUUCUACGCGAAUAUGGGCGGCUUCGUCAUACGCGUAACCAAAGGCUCCUCCGACACGCUGUUCCACCAUAAUCCCUACCACCUCGUCACGGCCGACCUUCUCAGCCUCCGCCGGAACGGCUACCUCAAGCGCCUCCCCUACAUGGCGGAAGAGCAGCUCCUCGACCGCUCCAAGGCCGACCCGGUCAUCAAAGCCAUAGCCAUAGCACAGAUCCUCUGGUCCGUUUUUCAGAUCAUCGUCCGCGCUUUCCGCCACCUCACUAUCUCCCUCCUCGAGCUCGCCACCGUGGCCUUUGCGGUUUGUGCAAUCAUCAUAUAUAUUUUAUGCUGGAAGAAGCCCAAGUUUGUCCAGACUACCAUCACAGUCCUCGAAUACACGGAUGAAAUCCCGCUGGAGGUUCUGAGACUCCUCGAUGCCGACAGAGGGACGAGUAUUGUGAAGCAAUUCCUCAUUCCGUCGCGUUUCCGUUCAAGUUCCCGCCGACGCGCCGAGAGUAUACCCGGAUCCCCGGUUGGCAACCAGACUUCACAGUGGGCCCAGUCCAUGCGCGUGAGAUCGAUCGUCACCUCCGCCGUAGGGCUCGGGGCGGCGGCUGUGUUUGGGGCCGUUCACGUCGCCGGUUGGAACUUUGCCUUCCCAACAACAGUCGAGAAGGUUGCGUGGCAGUGCGCGAGCCUCUACACCACGGGUUUCGUGCUGGUGGCAGCGUCUGGUUUUGCCUUGGCGACGUUCGCUGGCCGCGUCUUAGGCAAAGAGGGGAAAUCAGUGGUUCGGUUGGGCAUGUCUUUAGUCAUGUGGGUGUACUUGUUUGCGAGGCUAUUCAUCCUGGUCGAGAUCUUUCGAACCUUGUUUUUCCUUGCACCUGAUGCUCAUGUGUCGACGUGGGCUUCGGAUAUUCCGCAUUUCUCAUGAUUCUUUGUCAAGCGUUUUGAGCGGGACCAUCUCGGCGUGCCGCCAUCGACUGGGGAGACAAUGGUAUUAUUGUACGUAAUAUCUCACGACUGGCUUACCGCAAUGCAGAUAUCAGAGCCCGCUGCACUUCGAUAAUGUUCCAUUUUGUUGCUUGCUCCGGGGUAGCAUGAGUUAUGAUUGGCUUACCCUAGGUAGGAUCGCAAUGUUCUGGGCCUUGAGACGCGCACUUGGGUUCUAUAAGUUGCGGCAACCCACCUCGGGCGUGAUUCCUCUCCGAUUGUUCUUCCCUAGGUCAG